AUGGCGACCGCAACGCAGAACCCUCCCAGCUCAACGGUAUAUGUGAAGAAUCUCGAGGAGCGCAUAAAGAUCGAUCAGCUGAAGGAAGCGUUGUCCGAGAUUUUUUCCGAGUAUGGCAAUAUCAUCGACCUGGUCGCAAAGAAAAACCUGAAGGCCAAAGGUCAGGCGUUCGUGGUGUUCGAUUCCGCCGAAGAUGCAGCCAAGGCCAUCGAAGAAGUCAACGGCUUCGAACUCUUCGACAAGCCCAUGCAAUUGGACUUUGCGCGCACCCCCUCCGAUGCCACCGUGCGAAAGGAAGAAGGCGAACAGGGCCUGGAAAAGUGGAAGCGAGCGCGACUCGCUGAAAAAGAGCGGAAACAAGCCCUCGAGGCGACGCAGCAAAAACUGAAGAGACCUGCUCCACCAGCCGGGACUCAGGAAGGAGCAGGCUUGACCGCUCGGCCAGCGAAGGCAGUCAAAGGUGCAGGUCUCAAGCCUUCUGGCACGAACACAGCCGCAAUCAUUCCCGACGAGUAUCUACCUCCCAACAAGAUCCUGUUUAUUAGAGACCUGCCAGAUAGCUACGAUGCCGAUGGGUUGUCGAGGAUAUUCAGCCGGUUUGAAGGCUUUAAGGAGGUCAGAAUGGUGCCUGGGAGGAAAGGAAUUGCGUUCGUCGAGUACGAGUCUGAGGCCGGUGCUAUCAGUGCCAAAGAGGCCACGGCCGGAAUGCAACUUGGUGACGAGGGCAAGGGUAUCAGGGUCACAUAUCAACGGGCAUAG